AUGUUCUGUGUUUUCUUCCGCGAGGUUGGUGUUCACUCCGCUUACGAAACUGAUGGAGGACCCCCAUUUUCCAGCCAUGACUUCAAGCAAUUUGCCGACCGCUGGGGAGUUCAUCACAUCAUCACUUCUCCACAUUACCCUCAGGCUAAUGGACACGCAGAAGCUGCAGUGAAAGCUGUUAAACACCUUAUCAUCAAGACUGCCCCAUCCGGGAACAUAGAUUGUGAAGCCUUUGAUAGAGGACUGCUGGAGCUUCGGAAUACACCGAACCCUGCUGGACGCUCCCCUGCGCAGAUCCUCUAUGGCCAUCCUCUCCGUACUUGUGUUCCGGCUCACCCCAGAUCAUUCACAGAGGAGUGGCAAACUAAGACUGAAGAUUACGACCGUCGCACUGCUGCCCAAACCGACCAAGCCAUGAGCCUUUACAAUUCUCAUGCCGCCCUUCUACCCAAGCUCACCAUCGGCCAACGAGUUAGGAUACAGGACUCAACGACGCUUCGAUGGGACAAGUCGGCAUCGUGA